UCGCGAAAUUUCAUUUGAACCAAGUCUCUCUUACAAAAUCAACAUGAAGAAGCUUUUUUUCCUUCUGGCCAUUUCCCUCGUGGGAUUUGCGCAGGGCAAUGAUGUAGUCUGUGUUGGUCAACCAGAUGAUUCUUUUGUGGCUGAUCCCACGAGAUGUGAAGGAUAUUAUCUCUGUCGGGGAGAGGUAGGACUACCAGGUACUUGUCCUGACAACCUCUGGUUCGAUCCCAUCAAUGUUUGGUGCACAUAUCCAGGCGAUUUCUGUGGAGCAGCUGGCAAUCCAUGCGCAGGAGUUGCCGAUGGAAACUUCGUUGAUAAUCCAGAAUCCUGUGGUGCCUGGUUCUACUGCAGCGGUGGUGAAGCUUUUCCCGGAGUCUGUGCUGAUAACCUCUACUUCGAUCCCGUUAACCAAGUCUGCACAUAUCCCGACUACGUGGAGUGCGGAGAUGCCACAAAUCCACCCACUGAGGUGCCCCCUACAGUCCUUGGGAAGUCCCGUCCCUACAUUAAAUUGUCCCCUGUGCAGCCACCACAGGUUUAAGCAGCUAUCCCUUGUGUAAAUGUUUAAGUUGCGGAAGCACUUUUCCCUCCGGAAUUGCGCUUUUACACAGUCACUCUCAUCAAUCACGCCAUUAAAUCAUACCCUGCUCGGACAGAGUGGGAGGCAAUGAGUUGUCUCACAAUUUCCUUAUCAAUCAUGAUUUUAACUCAGGUAACCGUCGACAUACAUUGUUAUUUACCCAAAAUAUUGACGUGUAUUUGCUAACAAUUAUCUUGUUCAAUAUGUUAUGUGUUUAAGAAAUAAAAGAAAAGCGAUUGUACAGA